AGACAGUAACCUUAGGAACGCCGUCAGGACAAGAUCACACAUCGCCACCUCCCCAAAACCUUACCUUAAACUCCGUACCUUAAAUUUUCUUCCCUUAAACCCCUUCCCUUACUAACCCCUUACCUAUAACCCCCCCCCCCCCCUCUUGCCUUACCUAUACCCCAAAUUACCUUAACCUUUCCCUUACCCAUAACUUCAACCCAUUCCCUUAAGAACCAUUUGCCUUCAUCCCUUGAGUCUUACCCAUAACACCCUUACCUAAAUCCCUUAAAUUCGUCUUUACCUUACUCACCCCGUUACCUAAAAUCUUGUCCUUAUUUAAUCUUUACCUUAACCUGACUUACCUUGAUCUCAUCUUGAAAUAUCUUACCUCUUCCCUCCCUUAAUCGACCUCCCUUUACCUCUGUCUUAUCCCUCCCUUAAAUUCCCUUAUAUUUCCCUUUACCCAUUCACCCUUUAACUCAUCCCUCCCUUAAUCUCCCUUAUCCCUCCCUUAAAUUCCCUUAUAUCUCCCUUUACCCAUUCACUCUUUAAAUCACCCCACCCUUAAAACUCCCUUAUAUCUCCCUUUAAAACCCUCUCUCCUCUCUUUGCCCAUUGAGCCUUUACCUCAUCCCCCUUACAACACCUUUCUCUCACUCUCACUCUCUCUCUCUCUUUCUCUCUCUCUCUCUCUCUCUCUCUGAUCAUUACCUCACCCCUGCCCUUACCUCCAUUUACCCAAACCUCUUACCCAUGACCAUUUACCCCAACCCCUUAACUCCCCUUACCGUCAGUCAGGUAGUGAUGAUGUACGGACGGCUGGCGGUGGUGGUGGCGGUGGUGGUGAUGGUGGUGGUGGUGGGUGGUGAGGGGGUGUCGCUGAGGUGUGGUGUGCACUGUACCUGCGAGUUAACGGAGAAGUAUGAGAAAGAUUACAAAGUCAGAUGCAACGCGACCAUGCUUCAGGAGGUGACGGUGUCGGAAAGCGUCUUCGAGAGCGUCCUCCUGCCAGGGAGCGGCGCCCCCCGCCUCGCCGCGGCCAACUUCACCGUCUACCGCACCCACGUCCUGGUGGAGGGCUCGGCGUCCCUCACCCUCUCCUUCACCGCCCACUUCUUCACGGCCUGGCGACAGUUUUCUUCCUGCUCCCUGGACGUGUUCGGCGCCGCAAGCGUCGUCUUCCCCGAGCUGGCGCCCCACGAGCACGACAACCCCCUGGGACACUACUUUGCUGGUCUGGGCCUGGCGAACGUAACCACCCGCGAGGUGCCCGCCGCCCUGUUCAGCGGCAAGCAGAGUGCGGGGCUGCGCCUGAGGAACAGCACCGUGGGCCGCCUCCCCGCCGGACUUCUCAAGGGGGUGCCGUCCCUCCACUACAUGGAAGUGAUCAACUCGACCGUAGGGGUGCUGGAGGGGCCACUGGGGGACCCUGCCCUCAACACCGCGCCUCAUAUUGGGAAGAAGCCGCUGCCCGUGCUACUGACACACUCCUCGGUGGGCCUCGUCAACAGCGGGGCCCUGCGGCUGCGUCUAGGGCGGGACCAGACAGUAUUGCUGGAGGGCGUGUCCCUGGGCCGCGUGGAGGCCUGGGCCGUAGAGGUGGCGGGCGCCGGGGAGGUGGUGAUGAAGCACUGCACGGCGGCACGCGUGGAGCGCGACGCUCUGCUGCUGGGGUGGAACACGCGCCUCGCCCUGAUGGGGAACUGGCUGGCCGUGCAGCCCGGCGCCCUCACCCGUUACCCCUGCGAUGACGACGGUCAGCACCGCAUCUCCGGGAACCACUUCAAGGUGCUGCAGCACCACGCCGCCUUCAGCCCCGCCCUGCAGCACGCCGAGCGGCACAGCGGGCAGCGCGCGGCGGCCCGCCUUGCCUGGAGGCUCGCCACAGCCCUCCACCCCACCUGUGUGGCCGCCAACCUGCCUGCCCCGGCCCCCCAGGCCCCCGCCCCCUGGUCGGCCAUCAGCGUGGAGCAGAUGGCGGCCUUCGGUGCCGUGGGGGCGGUCAUCGGGGCAGUAGUGGCCUGCCUCACCAUCGUGCUCCACAGGCAGCGGUGCCGCCGCGGCCGAGACACCGACGCCAACCCACCGCCGCCCGUCCUCAUGAGCCGCCUCCUCGCCGCCCAGGAGCCGGAACCGUGCGACCCGGACCCCAUCUACGAGGAGCCCCGCCCCAUGCCCUCGGAGCCCCGGCCCCUGCCCUCCCCGCCCCUGGGCUGCUCCCCAGGCAAGGCCGCCAGCUGCGGCAGUGGCCGGGACAGGGGGCGGGCCGCGGAGGCGACGCCGAACCACUACUUCAUGGCGGGCUAGGCGGGGGAGGGCGUGGCGGGGAUGACUGGGCCACUCUACACUCGCGGCUCGCCCCGCCCCCCCCUGUGGGGGUGUAGAGUCCUUACCUCCUCCAGGGCCAGCAGGAGGGACGCCCGCGGCGCGGCGCGGCACUGUCUGGUGUUCACUGGCGGCGCCGACACGACGGAAACUAUGUAACAGCGAGUGAUUUGUUUCCCUGCUGAUGAUUACUUGCAGGUGUUGUAUUCUUUGAUUGUUUUAUGCAGUAUUUUAUGAUUACUUGGUGAUGCUGGGGGUUUUAUACUGUAGAUUGUAUGAGACAAGAAGUGAUCGACGAAGGAGACUUGCCAUGACGGGCUUGUACGUGGUGGUACUUGUACGGGCUUGUACGUGGUGGUACUUGUACGGGCUUGUACGUGGUGGUACUUGUACGGGCUUGUACGUGCAGGUACUUGUGCUUCAGUGCUUCACUCGUCACGGGGAGGAAGUGAAAUAAGUAAUAUGGUGGUUUGGUGUACUUGUGUGGCCUCAGCCUCCUGUUACGUGGGCACCGUGUAGUUUUGGUGCCCUACUAUUGUACGCCUUCGUGGUCUAGUGGUUAGCGUGCCUGGCUUCUACCCCGCGGGCCCGGGUUCGAAUCCCGGCCCGGGCAGUCGGCGUGCAGCUCACCCAGCUGUUCAUCCUCCCUCUCGGGCCUGGUCGAUAAAUGGGUACCUGGGGAAACCUGGGGAAGGUAAACUGUGGUAACCCAGAUGUCACGCUGGUGAUGGGCUCCCUCCCACCACAGGCUCAAGGGCCAAUGUUACGGAGAUGAGCACCGAGGCCAUGCACCUUUACUACUGUACUUUGUGUUGGUAGCCAAGCACGGGAGAUGUCCAUCCAUAUUGGCAGUUACAGUAGAAUGUCCAUUACCAACACCCAGCAGUUGACAGGGAGUUUGUGUCACCAGUGUUGUUGUUGUUGUUGUUGUUUUUCACUUUUUCAGUAGCUAUACUCAGCCUCACAUCAACCCAGCACCAUUGUUCUUUUUUGGCUUUUUUUUUUUUACUUAGUUCACUCUUAACCCGGUAGCAGCGGGGGUCAUGUUUCUUAAUGGUCCCUCUAAGCGAGAAAAAUUAGAAAAAAUCACCCCUCACACAAACCAUUUCAUAAUAUAUAUCAAAGCAUUUGUGAUCAGUUUAUGUAUCAUCUAUUUUGGGGGGUUAAAUCAUGGCACAAAUUUGGCCUGUCGCUGCUACACGGUAAAGCCACAAAUUUGGCCUGUCGCUGCUACACGGUAAAGCCACAAGUUUGGCCCGUCGCUGCUACACGGUAAAGCCACAAAUUUGGCCCGUUACUGCUACACGGUAAAGCCACAAAUUUGGCCCGUUACUGCUACACGGUAAAGCCACAAAUUUGGCCCGUUACUGCUACACGGUAAAGCCACAAAUUUGGCCCGUCGCUGCUACACGGUAAAGCCACAAAUUUGGCCUGUUGCUGCUACAAGGCCAAGCCACAAAUUUGGCCCGUCACUGCUACUGGGUUAAAAUGGUCCAUAUAUGUCCUCAAUGCAUGUCAUAUAUGAAGCACGAAGAAAAAAAAUACAUCACUCGUCUUCUGUACCCACGCUGCAUGGCGGUAAAUAAAAUGUUUUUCUUACCUUGU